CCCCAAGGUUCCGGUCUCCUCGCUGCCACUCUAGUGGUGAUGGCGGGCGGGCAGCUGGGCUGGAGCCGGGCGGCUCUUCUCCGGCUCCUUCUUGGCAUGAGCCUGCUGGUGCUUCCACACAUCCAGGCCCGGAGACUUCGCUUCGUUACCUUGCUGUACCGACAUGGAGACCGGUCUCCAGUGAAGACAUAUCCCAAGGAUCCCUAUCAGGAAAGCGAAUGGCCCCAGGGGUUUGGUCAGCUUACCAAGGAGGGGAUGCUACAGCACUGGGAGCUGGGUCAGGCUCUACGGCUACGCUACCAUGGUUUUCUCAACGCCUCUUACCACCGGCAAGAGGUUUACGUGCGUAGCACUGACUUUGACCGCACGCUCAUGAGUGCUGAGGCCAACCUGGCUGGACUCUUCCCUCCUCAUGGAACCCAACGCUUCAACCCCAACAUUUCCUGGCAGCCCAUCCCUGUCCACACUGUACCCAUCACUGAGGACAGGCUACUGAAGUUCCCCCUGGGCCCGUGUCCCCGUUACGAGCAGCUGCAGAACGAGACCCGGCAGACACCGGAGUACCAGAAUGAGAGCAACCAGAAUGCACAAUUUCUGAAGAUGGUGGCCAAUGAGACAGGGCUUACAGACCUGACCCUGGAGACCAUUUGGAAUGUCUAUGACACUCUCUUCUGUGAGCAAACCCACGGGCUGGUCCUGCCACUCUGGGCCUCACCCCAAACCAUGCAGCGGCUGAGCCAGCUGAAGGACUUCAGCUUCCGAUUCCUCUUCGGGAUCUACCAGCAGGCAGCGAAGGCCCGGCUUCAGGGGGGAGUCCUGCUGGCUCAGAUACGGACGAACCUGACUCUGAUGGCCACCUCCUCCCAACUCCCGAAGCUGCUGAUAUACUCUGCGCACGACACUACUCUGGUUGCCCUGCAAAUGGCACUGAAUGUCUACAAUGGGCAGCAGGCCCCCUAUGCCUCCUGCCACAUCUUUGAGCUAUACCAGGAAGAUAAUGGGAAUUUCUCAGUGGAGAUGUACUUCCGGAACGAGAGUAAGAAGGCACCCUGGCCGCUGACCCUGCCUGGUUGCCCUCACCGCUGCCCCCUGCAGGACUUCCUGAGCCUUACGGAGUCUGUGGUGCCCAAGGACUGGCAACAAGAGUGCCAGCUGGCCAGUGGUCCCGCAGACACAGAGGUGAUCGUGGCCUUGGCUGUGUGUGGUUCCAUCCUCUUCCUCCUCAUAGUGCUGCUGCUCACCGUCCUCUUCCGGAUGCAGGCCCAGCCUCCUGGCUACCGCCACAUUGCAGACACAGAGGACCACGCCUGACAACCACUCAGCCCCCUUCCCUCUGCCUCCUAGGGGAGGUGGGCUGGGCCCCUGCUCCUGACUGUUGCUGCUCCCCAGCCCAUGGACAGGAGACCCUGGGUUGGGCCUCCCUCCAAUUACCUUUGUGAACGAAUGGGGCUCAGCAUGGCCCAGGGCACCUGCUACCCAGCAUGCCUGUGCCUGAUACCUACGGAGUACCAUGCUGGACAUUGGCUUUCUCCAAGUGGGACUUGCCUCCUCCCUGCUCCCCAAGCACCCAAAAUGUAGACAAGCAUCCUAAGUUCCACUAUGGACCCAGGGUUACAAAAAUGGAAGGAACCGGUGUUUGAUCUGCACCGCCCCUUCCUUCACCAAGCCCGUGUCGCUCUCUCUUCCAGCCCAGAAACUUUGGCAAAUGACUCAGAGGACACAGUC